CUGUGCAAAGGUUCAGGGUAGCUUCUUUCUUAUCUUAUCAGCCCCUCCACCCCACCAAUGUCGCUCACUCAUCAUCUACACAUCCCUUACCAAUCUCAUUCAUCAAGUUCAAGACUUAUACUGCAGUCACUCUCUUUUUGCAUUUCUCGUAUUUCAUUUCGGAUUCAAGAUACAGACUUGAAUAUACAGCCACCACGAUGACUGAAGCCGAGAUGAGUUCCAGCUCAAGAAGAAUACUGGCUGUGGCCCUUGAGAAUGAGACAGCAGUUUUGUCAAAGUUGGUCAAAGACCUCACAGGAUCAGCCCCAGAAUCACCAGAUCCCUCCCUCGGGAUCGCAGGCACAACUCAUAGCCUCGCCCUCAAAACACCAUACUAUUCCACCACAGUUCCCAUCUGGCUUGACCUCAUCGCCUCACCUUCUGAAUGGUCAGAGUCAUUUCUAUCCCCCGAAGCCGCCGAAGUGCUCGCCGUGUUAGGAGGUGUAGUAGUAGUCUUCACCGCAGGUCCGAUUUCAUCGUCCAAGGAUCACCCGGCAAAGGAACUAGUAGAGCACAUCGGCAAAGUCCUGAGGAAGGGACUAGGGGGAUGGGAGUGGGAUGGCGUAGGACUAGCUAUCGGCGUGGGAGGAGAUGGCAACGAAGAGGAAUGGGAUGAGAUCUGCGCAGAGGCUGGACUGGAGUUUGUGUCUCUUGGCGGAAAUGGCGAUACUGGUCGUAACGAAUUUGGCGAAAAAACAGGAGUUGCACGAGUAAAAGAAGCCCUCGAAGCAAACGACUGGUCUCAACUCGAAGCACCACUAUCAGAUUCCGAGUUUGGUGACUUUGAAACGAGCUCAGCCAAGGCAGAUGAGGAUGACAAAGAUUUAGAUCCCCAAAAGAUGGGCUUUGGCUUCGACAAGUCAGACUUUGAAGGUCUACGACGCGCCAUAUGGGAGUCCAGCCAGGAUGUCGAGGAACCCUCAGAAUCCAGCAAGGCAGAGACUAGUAAGGAGGGUGCUUCUGGUGGAGUUGGGUUAGAGGACCUGGAUGAGGACGAGAUCGCCAAGAUUGAGAAGAUGAUGAGAAAACUCCAAGCUGUGAGGGAAGCCGGCGAGGGGAUGGGAGAGGAACAGAGGAAGAGAAUGGCAGCCAGGGCUGUUGAGGAGGUGAUGAGAGAUCUUUGAACUGAGUAGGCAUCAGCCGAAUCUAUCCAAGACGAAGUGAUUCCUGCAAAAUGUUUGUCGCAUCAUUUCCAGAUUAUGAUGGCCUCUGAACCUCCCAUAUCCGUUAAUGAUGCCCAUACACCACGCCGACUGCCAUUCUGAAGACCUGCCAAAGCUGACUCACGAGUGGCACGAUAGCUAACCUUGAUCUAUAUGCCGAGUCCUCUGCGGCCGUCAAGGCAUCGACAUAGCACGGCUCGCUUACCGUGUCGUUGCACCAUGGUCACAUCGUCCAACUCAGAUCGUGAUCCACGGACCGGGUCUUACGUAGUACAUAUCCAAUGCUGGCGAGACCCUUGGCUGGCAUGUAUGAGACUCAAGUCUCAUGGCAUCGAUAACCGCCAUGAUAUUGGUAACCAAAAGUUCGGACACGCCUCUGUCCAUUCAAUGGUCUGUCAAACUUACUGACAA